AUGGACCGCCCAACACCUAACAAUAACUUGGAAGACACUCCGUGGCCAAACACAGGGUUGGAGAGCUGGAGAAGCGAUGUGCUCAGGGAAUCUGCAUCUUUCUUCGUGACCCCAUCCCCCGAGCCCUUGGCCGCCCCGAGAAGCAUACCAGCUGUUGGAGGCCCCUCGUAUAACUAUCAAGUUCAGUAUCCAGCUAUUCCAGUUGCCCAACCUUUUGUUCCACCUCCUAUCUCGGUUCCAUCCGUCUACCUGAACCAGAACAUCUUCCCUAAGCCCAUCGACCAAGGUAACCCAAACCACGUCCCCACUCAUAGCAACAUUACAGCUUUUGCUCCAGAAAGUCCCUACCCCGAUGGCUAUCCAAGUCCUUGGUCUGAGUUCCCUCCAUCCCCGUCGACGCCGAAAAUUGGGGGCCCUCACAAAGAUACGAGCCACACACCUAUGGCAAAAUAUCUAUGCCCGAAUAUGAGACCUACCAGCAAGAGGAGCUUGAGCUUAACGUCUGUCCAUAGUGGAAGCACUGCUCUCUCUGCCACAAGCACCUGCGAUCCCGACUAUCUAAGCCCUCGGACCGACGUCACUCCAUCGCCUUCGACGUCAAACCAAGAUAAUCCUCUGGACGAGGUUGACAAGGGGCCUAGCAGGGCUAAGAGACCCUGUCUUACUCGUGGGACAUCCAAAAAGAAUGACGGCAAUGUUGGCGGCACCUUCCAGUGUUGGUGGGUAGGUUGUACCUACGAUCGACUCUUCUCACGCAAGGGAACCCUGAUGCGGCAUAUUGAGACACAGCAUGUGUCUCCGCGCGCUUAUAAAUGUCCAUCGUGCCCUCACGCUGCCAGUCGGAAGGAGAAUUUGAGAGCACACCGACAGUCGAUUCACAAGGAAGAUUUUUGA